CCCAUGACCACAACCACAGCCAUGCUGCAAUGGAGGACCAUAUUCAUACGAUGGAGACCUGGGCGCAGAUCCGGUUGAUGAAGCAGCUUCUUUCACCACCAACAACAACAAAACUCUACCUCUGGCAAGGCGACAUCACCACCCUCACCAACCUCACCGCCAUCACCAACGCCGCCAAUACCGCCCUGCUGGGCUGCUUCCAGCCCGCACACUGCUGCAUCGACAAUGUGAUCCACGCGCGGGCCGGCCCAGGCCUCCGAGAGGAGUGCUUCCGCCUCAUGGACGAAGGCCACCGCACGCUCCCCGUCGGCGACGCAGUCACCACACCCGGCUACUGUCUGCCUGCGCCGUGGAUCAUCCACACUGUCGGGCCGCAGCUGGAUCCCCACCAGCCCUGCCCUUCUAAAAUCCAGAAUGCGCAGCUCGCGCGAUGCUAUCGUGCUGUGCUUGAGCAAGCCGAGACCUUGCCCUCACCCGAACACGACAAGGUCAUCGCCCUCUGCGGGAUCUCGACGGGCUUGUUUGGCUAUCCCGUGGCCGAGGCGGCGCCGUUGGCCGUGGAGACUGUGGUUACUUGGCUGCGCGAGCACCCCGAGACGAGCAUCACGGGGGUGAUUUUCAAUACCUUCACGGACAAGGAGACGGUCGCUUACGAGCGAGUUCUCUCUCUUUUGCCCAGUGGUGCCCUACUAAACCCCCCGCAGCUGAUAGGUUCAUCAAUGCAGCAAGCUCGCGUCUGGCUCCAAGAAGCAGACACCAUCCUUCUCAGCUGUGGCGCGGGACUGUCGGCCGCCACGGGGCUGGAUUACACCUCCACCACUCUCUUCGCCAAGCAUUUCCCGGCCUUCCGGGAGUUGGGGUUGACUAAGUUGUACGAUACCUUUGGGAUGGAGACGGGGGAUUGGGGGUCUGAGGUGGUGCGGUGGGGUUUCUAUUACACGCAUCUGCAGAUGGUGCGCACGUGGCCGCGGUCGGCGAUGUAUACUGCUCUCUUGGAGUGGAUGCGGCGGAAACUUGGGAUGGAUGCGAGGAGGCUGCAUGUUCGGACGUCGAAUGCAGAUGGCUUGUUCAUCGCGCAUGGGCUAGGUGAGAAUGUCUUAUCGACACCGCAAGGCGCUUAUCGCUAUUUGCAGUGUUUGGGCAAUUGCCGCAAGGACGCGGUGGUGGAGUCAGCGCCGUGGCUGGAGGAGGUGCUCGCGCAUGGAGGGCUGGAUGCGGUAACGCAGAGGGUGACAGAUGAGAGGUUCAUCCCGGUGUGUCGGUUCUGCGGUGGGAAGAUGGGGAUUUGUGUAAGGGCUGGAAACUGGUUCAAUGAGACGCCCUUUGAAGAGGGAGAGAAGCGAUGGCAGGAUUUCAAGGAGGAUUUCCUGCGGGCCUCGGACAGACAGGUAGUGAUUCUGGAGUUAGGGGUCGGGAUGUCGACCCCCGGCGUGUUGAGGUGGGAGAAUGAGGAGUUGGUGGAAAGUGGCGAAGGAAGGGUUAAGUUGGUUAGAAUAGGAUUGGGCGAUGCGGCGGUCGUACCGGCGGAGCUGGAGGCGAUGGAACUGGCGACUUGUGUAGAUGGGAAUUUGAAGGAUGUGUUGGGGGUGGUUCUGGGUCAGUAG